GUACGAACACUUUUUGUCAGCGGCCUUCCUGUUGACAUCAAGCCAAGGGAACUCUACCUACUCUUCAGACCAUUCAAGGUAGACCAUCAUCUCUUAUUGUCAAGAAAUGUCAGUGAACGAUUUGUUUAGUGUAUCUUUUUUUCCUAACGCACCUUAUUGACAUGCUCAAUAAGUGUCCAUCUUGUCAAGCUUGGUGUUCAUAUUGUACUACCUUCUUGCUAUUUCUAUGGUGACUUACAAGCCGUUUUGGGGUUUGACUUGCAUUUGCAGGGUUAUGAAGGGUCCCUCAUCAAGUUGACAUCAAAGCAGGUGAGAUUAUGUCCAUAUCCAAGGUAUGAGAGGUACAAGGUAAGUCAGGAUGGUCAGGAUGCUUGCAAUUGUUUGUACAUAUCGUAGACUUGCCAUUUCAGACCUUUAAAAUUAUGUUUUACUCUAAAUAUUAUAUUUUUUCUUUGGUUAUUACUUAAUUACUACGACUAACAGACUAAGGUUGUUUGAAUAUAGAAAUGUAACAGAGUAUACCCUUUAGCCAACCUAAGGGCCAUCUGUCUUACCCUUUACUGUCUCUGAUGCUCUGUUCUCUCUCUCUCUCUCUCUUCCAGCCUGUCGGGUUUGUUUCCUUUGACAACCGGACCGGCGCGGAAGCAGCGAAAAACGCAUUAAACGUAAGCAGCCAUCCAGCCGUCAGUAGGCGGACGUGGGGGCUACAACUUAAUUAUUAGUCAUUUUCAACCUCUACAUAAGAACUGAAUGUUGAACGUGACCUCAAUAUGCAAGAUUGUUGGGUCCCAACUGCCCACUAAGGAAGACGACUCAAUUGUCUACUUAUCAUAAUGCAGUUGAAAUGCGACAGGAUGGCUGUUUUGCUGUGAUAUAUUUGACCUCUAUGGUUCAACUAAUGUAGUCAGGUCAACCCGAAAGCCCUCCCUUUCCAUAUUGUUCAGAAGCGCUACACACCCCUCCCACUCUCCCCAUGUGCUUUCUUCAUGGGGCUCUAGUGAAGGGUUACCAUGGUACAGUGGGUUUACCCGCAUGCAUGUGAGCACAUACUAGAGAGCACUUUGCACCUCUUCGCAGAGUAUAGUCCCUCCCCCCACCUCCACCGUCCCCUCAACUCCCCUUACGGUGUUCCCCGUCUCUCCCUAGGGGAUCCGUUUUGACCCCGAGAGUCCCCAGACCCUGCGCUUAGAAUUCGCUAAAGCCAACACGAAGAUGGCAAAGAGUAAGCUGAUGGCCACACCGAACCCCACAAAUAUCCACCCAGCUCUAGGAGCACACUUCAUUGCACGGGACCCAUGUAAGUGUAUGGCUGCACCCUAGAAACACUCACCACGCGCACAUAGGUUAACCCUUUCCCGUCCUCUCUUUCCCCCUCCCUUUUUCUUUCUUGCUUUCCCUUUCCUUCUAGAAUCUACCCUACAGACAAUGCUGAAUCAACUAAUUCCCCUCUACACCUCAAGUAUAUUUUUUUCUGUUCUGUUGCUUUCUUCAGUUCCCUGUAGUUUGUCUAGGCUGGUCAGGCACAACUAUGUAGUGCACAAUGUUCCACUUCCAAUUAAAUUCAACAUGAUUGCCGGACCCAGGACUUACAGAGGGGUCCUCGUCGGCACUGAUUGGUCUGCAGCUCCAGGGUUUUUAAUCAAACACACACAAACACACAUGCAUCUGCACUUUGCUCCCCCAAAAACACUGUGAAAUCCACACUUGAAACAAUAUCGGCUCCUGUCCUUCAUGACGGGUCCCCACUAAUCGAGAAGUAAGGCACAGGGAUAGGAGCCACUUCAGAGUAGCGGGACAUGGACCCUGUUUUUGAGUCUCCCGAGUGGCGCAGUGGUCUAAGGCACUGCAUCGCAGUGCUAGCUGUGCCACUAGAGAUCCUGGUUCGAAUCCAGGCUCUGUUGUAGCCGGCCGUGACCGGGAGACCCAUGGGACGGCGCACAAUUGGCCCAGCGUCAUCCAGGGUAGGGGAGGGAAUGGUCGGCAGGGAUGUAGCUCAGUUGUUAGAGCAUGGCGUUUGCAACGCCAGGGUUGUGGGUUUGAUUCCCAUGAGGGGCCAGUAUGAAAAAAUAAAAUAAUAAUGUAUGCACUCACUAACUGUAAGUCGCUCUGGAUAAGAGUGUCUGCUAAAUGACUAAAAUGUAAAUGUAAGUACAUCCUUCUGCCCUUCUUCAUGGAUCACUGAUCUAACAUAAUUGCACAGGUGUAAGCAAUUGGGUGGUGAACUUGAUUUCAUGCAUCAUAUUCUGUUAAAUCACUAAUCCGGAGGGAAAGUGACAUUUUCCAACUUUUUAAACAUGACUGUAGUCCUGGGGCAUGUUUAAUAGGCAUCAAAAGGGAGAACAUGCUUUAAAAUGGUGAGAUACUACCUGAAAUUGUCCUUUUAAUUUCCAAAACAUUUUUGAUACCCUGUGGCCUAGUGAACAUGACCCCCCUCCCCAACUCAGAGCAGUAGACAUUACAUUUGACCCAUAUCCAACUACCCUUUGUGUCUUUUAACAUUGUCCAUGUGUAUGUUGAUGACUUUUGUCCGGUCUCUGUACAUUGUGUAUUGCUGGUGCUUGUGGCAUUAAAUUCAUUUCCCAAGUUGAGAUCAAUAAAGUAGAAGUACUUCUACUACUACUGUACUAUGAGUAUGUAUUUGAGCAUAUCAUUUUUCAUAUAGAUGACCUGACAACACUGAUCCCGGCCUCUCCCGAAGCGUGGGCACCUUACCCCCUGUACACCACAGAGCUGGCCCCCGGGCUCCCCCACGCCGCCUUCACCUACCCGGCCGCUGCCGCCGCAGCCCUCCAUGCCCAGGUGAGGGACCAACCGGUGGGUCUGCCGCCUCUUCAGCCACUCUCUCACUCUCUCUCACUCACUCACCAUGCCUUGCUCCCAGUAUAGCAUAUGAUCACAAACCAAGCAGGAACAUGCAUGGAUACACAACGCACAACGUACAUCAGGAUUGGGAUCAAUCACAAUAAAAAAUAUUAUCCUAAAUUGAUUGUACCUGAUUGAAAUGGAACAACAAUCAUUUGAAAGGCUGGUCAUGGCUCACAUCAACACCAUCAUCCCAGAAACCCUAGACCCACUCCAAUUUGCACACCGCCCCAACAGAUCCACAGAUGAUGCAAUCUCUAUUGCACUCCACACUGCCCUUUCGCACCUGGACAAGAGGAACACCUACGUGAGAAUGCUAUUCAUUGACUAUAGCUCAGCGUACAACACCAUAGUGCCCUCAAAGCUCAUCACUAAGCUAAGGACCCUGGGACUAAACACCGCCCUCUGCAACUGGAACCUGGACUUCCUGACGGGCUGCCCCCAGGUGGUAAGGGUAGGUAACAACACAUCUGCCACACUGAUCCUCAACACGGGGGCCCCUCAGGGGUGCGUGCUCAGUCCCCUCCUGUACUCCCUGUUCACCCAUGACUGCAUGGCCAGGCACGACUCCAACACCAUCAUUAAGCUUGCCGACGACACAACAGUGGUAGGCCUGAUCACCGACAACAAUGAGACAGCCUAUAGGGAGGAGGUCAGACACCUGGCUGUGUGGUGCCAGGAUAACAACCUCUCCCUCAACGUGAUCAAGACAAAGGAGAUGAAUGUGGACUACAGGAAAAAAAAGAGGACUGAGCAUGCCCCCAUUCUCAUCGAUGGGGCUGUAGUGGAACAGGUUGAGAGCUUCAAGUUCCUUGGUGUCCAAAUCACCAACAAACUAUCAUGGUCCAAACACACCAAGGCAGUUGUGAAGAGGGCACGACAAAGCCUAUUCCCCCUCAGGAGACUGAAAAGAUUUGGCAUGGGUCCUCAGAUCCUCAAAAAUAUCUACAGCUGCACCAUCGAGAGCAUCCUGACUGGUUGCAUCACUGCCUGUUAUGGCAACUCCUCAGCCUCCAACCGCAAGGCACUACAGAGGGUAGUGCGUACGGCCCAGUACAUCAUUAGGCCAAGCUUCCUGCGAUCCAGGACCUCUAUACCAGGCGGUGUCAGAGGAAGGCCCUCAAAAUUGUCAAACACUCCAGCCACCCUAGUCAUUGACUGUUCUCUCUGCUACCGCACGGCAAGCGGUACCAGAGCGCCAAGUCUAGGUCAAAAAGGCUUCUUAACAGCUUCUACCCAAAAGCAAUAAGACUCCUGAACAGCUAAUCAUGGCUACCCGGACUAUUUGUAUUGUCCACCCCACCCCCCACCCCACCCCCUCUUUUACGCUGCUGCUACUCUAUGUUCAUUUUCUAUGCAUAGUCACUUUAACUCUACCCACAUGUACAUAUUACCUCAAUUGCCUCGACUGGCCUUAUUUUUCUUAAAACUGCAAUGUUGGUUAAGGGCUUGUAAGUAAGCAUUUCACUGUAAUGUCUGAACCUGUUGUAUUCGGCGCAUGUGGCAAAUCACCAGUAGUGUGCUUAUACAUCCUUAAAGAUACACAACCUGACACUGUCAGUCAGCAUUACAAAGGGGAUCCAUUCUGUGUGCAUGUGUGGGGCUUGGUGCCAAGCCAACAGACAUGCCUGCCUUGCAUACUGUCAGAAACCACAGCAAUGGCGUAAAAUAUGUGUCCAACCACCGUCCACUUCACUCCUAUUGUAAAAUUCCUCAAAAUUGUGUGUGGGAAUCGUUGCUAAGAGAUCACAACAGAGAGAAGCUGUUUUUAAUUGGCUCUCAGGUUGGAUUAUACAUUGGUCAGGUGCCCAUAAAGUCCAGUUAAACGCUAGCCAAGCCUCCACUGUUUUUGCUGUUUGUAUAACCUCUUAAAACGAGUAUCGAUCAAGGACAGUCUUGACAGCACUGCUCAGUUAGAGCUUUGUUUUAUUCACAAUUAACUCUGACCCUAUGAGACAUGGAGUUAUGGGAGAUCUCAUUAAAUACAGGGUGUUGUCUCACAUUGUUUCUGGUGUAUUUGUAUUUAUUAAGGAUCCCCAUCAGCGGCUGCCCAUCUGAUGCUUGAAAUUAAGUUGCUUUCAAGGCCUCUGGAUAUGCAUCUUGAGGCAUUUAUCAGGCUUUGUCUCAAGUAAAAUAUCAUGCAUUCUAUCAUAUUUUCUAUUUUUCUUAUAGUAUAAGAAUGUGGCCCUAUAA